CGAAGCUGGCGUGUUUAUAGACCUUGCAUGUUAGGUAAUGUACUUUAUCCAUUCGGGGUUUUUCGUCUUCAUUGGUUCACUUGGCUACCUACACUUUAAUUCUGAUCUUUGAUGAAACGCCACGGUGGUUGACCAGGAGCAGGGGGGGGGUCAAGGAAAAAUCAAUCUUACUUGUCUGAGUGCCUUGGUCUGUACCUGGCCCAGUUGCAUGGCAUGCCGGUGGUUGGCGAUGCAUCGCACUCACUCACCUGCCAUGCCACUAAUCCCAGUACUUGAAAAAUGGCCUGCACACGUCACUAUUCCUGACGCAGUCUCCAGUACCGGUCUGCUAGAUGUGUGUCUUAGACAACAGCACACCUCAGAAGACGAUGGCAGCCGACUAUGUCCUGAACUUGACUGUCUUGAAUUGUCUUGUAUGUGUUCUUGCAGUGUGUGUUAGUGUACCAUGCAGUGUGUGUUAGUGUACCAUGCGGUGUGUGUUAGUGUACCAUGCAGUGUGUGUUAGUAUGCCAUGCAGUGUGUGUUAGUGUACCAUGCGGUGUGUGUUAGUGUACCAUGCGGUGUGUGUUAGUGUACCAUGCAGUGUGUGUUAGUAUGCCAUGCGGUGUGUGUUAGUGUACCAUGCGGUGUGUGUUAGUGUACCAUGCGGUGUGUGUUAGUGUGCCAUGCAGUGUGUGUUAGUGUACCAUGCGGUGUGUGUUAGUGUGCCAUGCAGUGUGUGUUAGUAUGCCAUGCGGUGUGUGUUAGUGUACCAUGCGGUGUGUGUUAGUGUCCGCAUGGUACACGUGGUCCCUGGCUAGCGCCAGACGUUACUUUUGUAGCGUCUGGUGUCAGCCGCUACUAAAGUAACGUCUUUUGCAUAGCGUCGGGAAUUAAUACUGUGUAACAUUGUACAAUGUAAUUGUACAUUUUUAAUAAAAUAUGACAACAUUUUGGGAAGAGUCAACCGAGCAGGCAGUGGUAAUAAACGCAACCCGGUACCCCUGUAAUCCUGUACUGAGUACUUGAUCCAUUGUUCUUGUUCAUUUGAUGUUUCCUGCAUUCCACCUGACAAUAAGGCUUGAAGGUGGAUCAAGUACUCAGUACAGGAUUACAGGGGCACGAUGAUGCGGUGUGUGUUAGUGUACCAUACGGUGUGUGUUAGUGCAGUGUUCACUGGUCUUCACCAUCCUGUUCUCCUGACACACACACACACUGCAAUGACUAGUGGGUGCAGUACAGUGAGGAAUGUGAGAAAUGUGUCAGCUUCGGGUGGUGUAUGUGUGGAGAGUAAGAGCACUGGUGAAAGGUGCUGGGAGAAAGGGAGGGAGAGUGGUGGAGGGCUGUGUCUGUAUGUGAGUAUGGUAGUACUCUGCCUCCCUUUCUCCCUGCAUGUUUUACCAGCUCUCCUACUCACCACAUGCACGCCUAACUUGACACAGUUCUCACACUCCUCAGCUUAUCAAAUUUCUACUGCACCUCACAGCAUAUUAUAUCUACUCCUUCGUUAACGCGUUGUUGUCUUCAUGGUUUUAUUGUUUUACCUCGAGGAUAUGUCAUGCCUAAAAAAUGUUGUGAUUCAAUAUCAAGAGAGUUUUUUGGAGUAAAGAAAUAAUAAUAAUAAUAAUAAUAAUAGCACAUUUCGCGUAGUAGAGCACUAAAUAAAGAAAUUCAGUGUUUUUUCCGCUUCUGUCUUGUGAGCAUCAUCAGCAUCAGCUAGGUGUAGUAAAGAAAUAAUGUGAGAAAAUGUUCAGAUCAGGUAAGGGGUCGUCGCAAAAGUUUUCUGUCGUCCCUGAAACGAACAUCGUUCAUUUCGUACUCGGACCCCCUCCCCUCCCUCUGAAACGAACACAGCUUGCUAUGCUGGAUGACGAAAAUCGCAUGCAUGUACAUGUCAUAUGUACAGUGUCGGUCGACUUGCGAUUUUGGCUCGCACCCCCUCCCCCCCCCCCCCUCCCCAAAUGAAUCAUGUUCGUUUCAGGGACGACAAAAAACUUUUGCGACGACCCCUAAUGAUUAUGUGUAGAUGGCUGUAGCAAUGGAGUUUGCGAAUCCCGAGAAAAAGAGAAUAAGUGCCCGGCUCCUAUACGGAAUACUGCAGCAUUGCAGACAGCCUGAGUGUAGCAAAGGUGAUAUCCAUUGCAGAGGAGAGCCCCUCCCCCGUUCCAGUCAACAAGCGUGCUCUCCAUCCAAUCAUGCUACUGACUACUGUAUCAUCGGUAGGUACGUCGCGCUGAUUUUUUGUUCGCACGAUCAUACCUAUUUCCUGUCGUGAGAUUUUAUUGCUUCAUUAUAUUUCUGGUCCACCUACCUUUCGCACUGGGGUAGCUGUACACUUUGUAUAUCAUUAUUAUCAAGAGUACAUAACCGUGGUUAUGUACAAUCAACCCUCUUUAGGACGAACACCAAGGGACCGAUGAUAUUUGUUCGCAAUAGCAGGAGUUCUUCUUAUCCGUAUGUUAUUCCCAGUGAAUACACGUACACAGUGAUUUAUCCAAUGGAGUUGGGAAUACUAGUUCUUUCCUAACGAGCUUUCACUGUACUCUUGUUAUUAUCAAGCGCCGAAAAUGGUUGUGAUUUUCCGCGUUUUACCAUGCUCGGCAACCCUAUGUCUUUUCUCCGUUUCUUCAGUGAGUUGCAUUUGGGUGCUUGUACUGUUGUUGAAGAACAUGGAGUUUGUUGUGGUGGCUUGACUAUUUUGGCAAAGGGCAUUCUAUCUUCAUAGACGCUGUGUAUGUACUGUAAUAGCACGCGCAUGUACUGUAGUGUGGUAGAGGCAGCUCGAAUCAAAAACUCGGCAGAAGAAAAAUGCGACUAGCCGGUUUGCCACAGAAAAUUGAAUUUUCUAUUUGAAUUUUCAAAUCAACCGCCACAUAUUGUACGAGUUUUACCCUCGCCCCCGUUUUUAUCCUGCAAAAUUUCUCAUGAGCUGAAUCAACGCGCAAAAAAUCUCCGGAAAAGAAAAAUGGCGUCCGAGGAAGGAGUCUUCGACGUUGUGGUUCCUUCAGGCGGUCCUUGCCGACUGGCCGCUUGGAAGGUGAAAGGAGACAAGAUCGAAGUAGUUUUGGACCAGACGCUAGCUAUUUUGGCGCAUACCGUGGAUGGGGAGGAGAAACAAGUUAUUCUCAAGUCCAGGUGUCGAGUUGGAAUUUUGACCAAAUUCGCGCGCGAAGGCUCUACUGUGCAACCAAGCGAUGUUAUCGGGCGUGUGGAGUUCCACUGUGAACACGACUACAUCGUCAAUGGCCUGUGCAGUGUUUGUGGCGCCAUCAUCUCUAAGACGAGCGCCCAGCCUUCGUCCGGAGGCCAGUACGUGCCAGUUGUUCAUCAUGCACGAAACAUUGUCGCCAGCGAGAAGGUGGCUCGCAGUAUGGCAGGUGAGGAGCAACAGAAACUUUUACGAGCCAAGAAGCUUGUCCUCGUGGUGGACCUCGAUCAAACACUUAUUCACACUAGCAUGGACUACAGAAUUCAGCCGGGAAUCAAGGACGUGUACGGGUUUGACAUGGUUGAAUCGAAUGGACGCCGUGUGCUGUACCACGUGCGUUUGCGUCCGUACACACGCGAAUUCCUUCGCAGCGUGCAGGAUCGGUUCGAGAUGCAUGUCUUCACGAUGGGGUCACGGCGAUACGCAGAGAGCAUAGCCGAACUGCUGGAGCGGGAAGUGGACGAUGGCUCCGGGAGGUCGUUAUUUUCGCGCCGAAUCCUGUCACGAGAUGAACUCAUUGACCACCGUUCAAAAUCUCCCAACCUCAGAGCGCUGUUUGCAGCGAACGACAGCAUGGUCGUCAUCAUCGACGAUAGAAUUGAUGUCUGGGAGAACCAAGCCAACGUCGUGCAGGUUCAGGCGUAUCGGUUCUGGAAAGAUGUUGGCGACAUCAAUUUGCCACCAGGUAGCCAUGACCAGCCCCCUGCUCAGUUGCCAAAGCCAUCCCAGCAGCAGCAGCACCCACCGGCACAACAGCAAGCUCCAUUGUCGGCACAACAACAAGCAGAUGGGCAAGAAACCGCACUGGCAGAUACCACACCAGCUCAAGUGAUGUCUGCCAACAAUCCCGAGACGGUAGAUAGUGCAAACCCUGAUGGACAAGGUGCAGAAAGUGCAGCGGUGGAAGCCAGUUCAGUGUGUGAACAGGCUUUGCCCGGUGUGGACGAUACAGUGGGGGCCGACCAUAGCAAACAUCCUGUCAGCUCUAGUUCUGGCGCCUCCGGUAGCAGUUCAUCCAGCUCUGACUCAAGCAGUAGUGAAAGUGGUGAUGACAGCCCUGUGAAGUCGUCUCAAGCUAAUUCUGUACCGAAAGUCGACAGCGAGAGUGAGAUCUCUGACAAACAAGGCCGUUCAGGUGAUGAUAGUGACGAUAGCUUAUCGUCAGCAUUUGGCAAAGCUGAAGAGCAGGCACCGCAACAAGAAGAGACCAAGCCAAUGGACAUAGAGCCAGAACCGUUGCAAGAUGUGAAGGCUCCUGUUGGCACCCAGAUGAUGACGGACAACGAUGAUUACUUACAGCACCUGACGUCUAUUCUGUGCCGCGUUCAUGACAACUUCUUCAGGGCACGUGAAGAGAGUGCUAAUGCUAUGCCAACUACACGGCAUCUUGUGCCAGCGUUGCGGGCCGAGACUCUUCGAGGAGCGCACAUAGUAUUUUCCGGUGUCAUUCCAACCGGUUAUCCACGGCCAGAGAGUCACGAGGCGUGGCGGACAGCCGUAGCUCUUGGUGCUGUUGUCCAGGACUCGCUGAACGACUCUGCUACACACCUGGUUGCGGCAAAGUACGGCACACACAAGGUACACUCCGCUCAGCGGAUGAAGCACGUCUCGGUUGUGAAUACUCAGUGGCUUUGGUGCUGCGCACGCCAAUGGAGCCAUGCCAAGGAGGAAGAGUUCCCACUCCGUGUGGAGCACACCGGUACAGACUUUCCCAGGUCGGCGCAUCUACACCGACCGAGACGAGAUGUACAAAAGGUCCACCACCACCAUCAUCAUCACCAACAUGCUUCUACUGCCGCUGCUCGUCCCCACAAUCCUCAGGCCGUGGAGCAGCAACGUAGCGCACCAUCAGAGCAUGAACCCUCUGCGCAGCGAAGGGAGAGCUUGGAAGCCGUGGCCGGGGCACCCGUUCAGCGACAGCUCUCGAUCUCAGCUGAGGAGCGGCACGCUUUGCUGCAGGAAGUCGACGCAGAGCUGACGUCCGACAGCGAUGAUACUGAUGACGAUGACAGUGACCUGAAGAGCGAGGCAUCGGAUGAUAUUGUGCAGCUCAGUGUGGUGCCAGCAGUAUUGAUGAAGUCACAUUCGACCUCCUCAUCCUCACUUAGUGUCAAGUCACAGAAGAGAAGCCAUGUAAGCAGUUCCGAGUCAUCUCAGCCGGAUGAUGAUGAUGAGGACGACAACGACGGCGAUGGUAGCAUGCAAAACUCCGAAUCAGACAGCACUGAUGAUUCUGAUGAUGACAAUGACUCUGAUGAUGAUGAAAUGGUGUGCUUGUUAGACCAGGAGAUCACUCGUGACAUCUAGGCGCUAUGUUAAAUUGUAUGGCGGUGACGAAACCUCCUGAAUAUCCAGACGCUUGUUAGUGUCACGGUAAGGAACUGGAGAUUUGUGUGCGUGUGUGUGUGAGAGAGAUUGAGAAAUGUAUGCGUGCUUUUAUCCUUCGUUUAGCUGCUGUUUUAGACGGUAUUCAAAUUGCAUGCUAAUGAAAGCAAGAGCUUUUGUCAUGGUCAUGAAAUUCCCACAUAUCGUGUCAUAUUUACCUUACAUCUUGGUUUGCGUAUAUGCGUCAUUUGACCUCAUGCAUGUGUUCAACAAAAUUCCCAGCAUAUCACACUAGCAUUCAUUCCUCUCUGCAAUUAUAUUUGAGAUGAUCAUGUGUGUGCGCGUCUUCUAUUUGAUGUUUCCGGCUGCUCUCUUCCCAUCCGUUGUGUUGGAUGGUCCAGUCUUAUUUUGAUAGUGCGGAUGAUACUGAACAUAUCUCUCUCUCUCUCUCUUGAGAUAGCUUUCUAAAUUUUUAAAAAAGUAUUUUGAGAUCAUUUGCUUCAGGUUUGUUGAUCCUUCGUUUAUUGAUUUCUUCUGCCCUGAUAGUAGGUGUGAGCUGUUAUGAGCAGACUUGUUUAUGCUUUCUGUUCUUCCCCUCCCUAUCUCAUGACUCCCUAUGUUGGCUAUGUUAGCAUCCGUAUCGCUGUACUUUAUCUGACCCUAUUUCUUCCUCAAUUUCUCCCCACCUAUUCACUGAUGAUCCCCUUUCUUCGCCCCAGUCUUGUUGCGUAUUUCACCGUUGUAUCUCUUGCUGCGUGUAUCAGCUUUUUUCUUUUUUUCACGAUGAGUUAAUGGAGGUAUCGGAUUUUGG